AUGGGAAGGAGAUCGGGAUUAUCCUGGUUCGACUUCUUUCCGGCGCGUUAUUGUAUACUCUUGUUGCUCAUUGAUGUUGCAUGUUGUUGCCACGAUGAUGAGCGCUCUGCCUUGUUGCAAAUCAAAGUUAGUUUCAGUAUAAACAAGUCUGCUUCCCAAGAUCCCUUUGCUUAUUACAAAGUUGCAUCUUGGGGUGAGAGAAAUUGUUGUUCAUGGGAUGGUGUUGAAUGCAACCACAAUUCUGGCCAUGUUAUUGGCCUUGACCUCGCCAGCAGUUAUCUUCAUGGUUCCAUCAAUUCCAGCAGCAGUCUUUUUCAACUUGUUCAGUUGCAGAAGCUUGACCUCUCUGACAAUAACUUCAGCUUCUCUCAAAUACCAUCCAGGUUAGGCCAUGAUCUUACUAGUCUAACAUAUCUCAACCUUUCUUUAUCUUCAUUUUCUGGCAAAGUUCCACCAGAAAUCUCAUAUCUAUCCAAGCUGUCUACUCUUGAUCUGUCUUCAAAUUUGCCUCCUGAUCCCAAAAUGCCUUCUCUCAAAAUGGUCACCUUCAGAAGUCUAGUUCAGAACUUAACCAGCAUAGAACUACUUCAUCUUAGUUCGAUAGAGAUAGACUCUACCGUGCCUAAUACAAUGGUGAACCUAUCUUCUCUCACAUCUCUUCGUCUUCAAACAUGUAAAUUGAAGGGGCAAUUCCCAGUAGGCAUUUUCAACCUACCAAACUUGGAAGUACUUGAUCUGACCGAUAACUAUGAUCUAGCUGGUUAUUUUCCUGAUGAUCUUAACAAGAGCAGCCCCUUGAAGAUAUUGAGUUUGCAGGCAACCGAUUUCUCUGGUCAUCUACCUUCCUCAAUCGGAAACCUUCGCGCCUUAAAUUCAUUAAACAUACGAUCCUGCAACUUUUAUCCCUAUGUUCCAUCUUCACUUUCUAACCUUACACAGCUAACUUUUCUAGAGCUUUCUUCCUUUUAUGACUAUACUUAUCUAAGAGACCUUCCAAAAAUCCAUACUUUCAGUGACCAAUUUUCAGAUUCCUGGUCUUGGUUUGGAAAGCUUACCAAACUUAAUCACUUGGCCCUUGAUACUACCCAUUUAAAGGGAGACUUGCCAUGUUCUUUGGCUAAUCUGACCCAACUUCUGCUAUUAGAUUUGAACCAGAAUGAAAUUACUGGUGAAAUCCCAUGUUGUUUGGCAAGUCUGAAACAACUUUUAAAACUACGCUUGGGCCAUAAUCAAAUGACUGGUGAAAUCCCAUCUUGCCUGAUGCAGUUGACCCAAUUAACUUUGUUAGACCUGCGAUUUAACAAUCUCCAAGGAACAAUUCCCAGGUCACUAUUCCAGCUAAAAAAUCUUGAAUAUAUAUACCUCCACUCAAAUAACUUGAGUGGUUCUGUUGAAUUGGAUGAGUUUUCCAAGUUCGAAAAGUUGCGUGGACUUCGUUUGUCACUCAACAACUUCUCUGUGAAGAUCAAAGCUGGAUUUAAUGCUAUUUCUGCAAAGCUUGAAGUGCUAGGAUUGGGUUCAUGCAACUUAAUGGAGUUUCCGGAAUUCUUGAAACACACCAACGCACUGGAGGAUCUUGAUCUAUCUGACAACAAUCUUCAAGGCCAAAUACCAAAAUGGAUGUGGAAUUCAACUGGUGAAACUUUGAGAUUUCUCAACCUCUCUGUCAACCAGUUAACUGGUUUUGAAGAAAGUCCAGUCAUUGUUCCAUGGCAUGGGUUAUACUCUUUGCAGCUCGACUCCAACAUGUUGGGAGGAUCACUGCCAAUUCCAUCGCCGUUGAUAUCAUACUAUUCGGUUUCGAACAACGAAUAUGCAGGAGAAAUUCCAGCAGCAUUCUGCAACACAUGGCCGCUGUGCAUUCUUGAUUUGUCCAACAAUAAUCUGAAUGGCGAGAUUCCACAAUGCUUUGAGAAUCUCAGAUUUCUUCAGAUAUUGAAACUUCAGAACAAUUCUUUUCACGGAGAUAUUCCUCAAAUAGGAUUGAAAAGAUGCCUGUGGUUAAGAGGGAUUGACAUGAGUUAUAAUCAGCUACAAGGAAAACUACCAAGAUCAAUUGCCAAUUGUUCUAAGUUAAUGUUUCUUAAUUUGGGAAAUAAUCAGAUUAGUGAUACAUUCCCAUCUUGGUUAGGAGUGCUUCAAAAUUUUAAAGUUCUCAUUUUGCAGUCUAAUGCAUUUCAUGGUACGAUUGGGAAGCCUACAAGUAGCCAUGAGUUCCCUGAACUGUCCAUCAUCGAUUUAUCCUACAAUGAUAUUUCAGGUAUCUUGCCCUGCAGCUACAUAGAGAACUGGAAUGCCAUGAAAUCUGUUGAUGCAAGCGAGCAAAUAUACGUUCAAUCCAUGUUCUUCUUCGGUGGGACAUAUCAAGAAACAUUCUACUAUGAUUACCGAAUUACAGCUUUUAGCAAAGGGAUUGAAUUGGCGUAUUUAAAGACCCCUUAUCUUAUGAGACUCAUAGACCUCUCAAGUAACAGAUUUGAAGGAGAGAUUCCAGGUAACAUUGGCAACCUAAGAGGGCUUUCUCUGCUCAAUCUUUCCAACAACACUCUCACUGGUCUCAUCCCCUUGUCUUUGGGGAACUUGAAUGCUCUAGAAACGUUGGAUCUCUCCCAAAAUCAGCUCUCAGGAAAGAUCCCCAGCAAUCUGCAGCAAUUGACAUUCCUUGCAUAUUUCAAUGUAUCCAAUAAUCGCCUUUAUGGUCCUAUCCCAGAGGGUCACCAGUUUGACACAUUCCAAGAGGAUAUGUACCAUGGAAACUCCGGUUUAUGUGGAAAACCUUUGUCAAAUAAAUGUGACAAUUCUGACAAAGCAACACCACAAACAACCAUUGAACAAGAAGAAGACUCUGGGAUUGAAUUGGAGCUAGAUAGGUUUGUGGUUCUGCUAGGAGUUGUUGCUGGUCUAAUAGUUGGAGUUGUUGGGGGAAACAUUUGGACAGCCAAGAAGCAUGACUGGCUGGUAGAUAAAUUCAGCAGAAGGAGAAGGCAGGCUAAACGUACACGACAGAGAAGGGAACAGAGACCAUGGUCUUAUUAA